AUGGUGAGACGUUUUUCGUACGCGGAGAAAGGAAAAGCUCUAGACAUACCCACAGCUCAACCACCGAGAAGACGAAUAAGAGCUCCGGAGAUGGACACAUCCGAUCUUGUCCGCCAAAACUCGCUUACACUCAUAGGAAGACUCACAAAUCCGCAGGAACAGAGAAUGUGGACGAUGAUUCCCUACAUCUCUAGCCGCUGGGAACUACGAGGGAGAGCGGUGGUUUCGGACAUAGGCAACCACUGCUUCCAGUUCCGGUUCGACUACGACGAAGACCUGCAAAAAGUCCUCAACAACAGACCAUAUCAGUACGCAAGAUGGAUGCUCAUCCUCCAAAAAUGGGAACCAAUCAUCUCCUCGACCUUCCCAUCUCAGAUCCCGUUCUGA